CGGUUCGCGCACUCGUCCGGGGGUGGAAGAUCGUCCUGACGCAGCCAGUGCCCGCGCGUCUUCCGCGAUCGUCGGACCGCGCGUACGAAAAACGGGGAGGUGUUCUUCGUCGCGUGUCCGUGUGCACCCCGCGGACCGGACGUCCGUUCCGAGGAACGUGUUUCGUCCUUUCGAACCAGGAGAACCAACGUCCUGCCGAUAAUCCACGACACCAUAUGUCGGGGAAGUAUAUGAGGGUAUCCGCGACAGGAUUAACCAAGUGUGACAGGGGGUUGAAGUGCUCGCCACCACCCUUAUUUAUCUAACGGAGAACCACUCAAGAUUGCGUCGCCUGCCACCCGCGGGGUGUCCUGUAGGAAUUAUCGAAUGCUAAACAUUUUUCCUCGGAAGAGGACACACUCGAGAGACAGCGUCUCCAGCGCAUGCUUCUCGGGACAUUUUUUUAAGCGAAGCGUUGGGAAGAGUGGAUGACGAGAACUGGAUCAAAACCAGGUAAAUUUGAUUAAGAGACAAAGGGAGUUUCGCAAUACCUUAGCGAGGAUCUUUCUAUGGUUAACGGUCUUUCCGUUCACCCGGGAAAUAGGCAGUGGAACGUUAAUGAAAGUUUGGAGAUCGGCGGGAGUUUACGGUGCAGCAUGACGUUCGGGUUAACGAGAACUUGGCCGAGAUAAUGCGGGGUUAUGGUUACGGGGAUGAAUAUCCGCGGUGAUUAUAUUCGACGAGGACGAUAAUGACUGGUGAAACUAGACCAUUAGAUUGAACCGUUCGCGACCAAAUGGAAAUUUUCCGUCAAUUGUCGGGCGGCAGCGGAGGAAGGACUGGCGAGGUGUAAAUCCUGAGAUCGUUGUGUUAAGACUUCUCCGAUUCACGGAUGAGGAACCCACCAAAGAUCGUUCGAUCGGGAGCAUGCCACGCAGGACAAGCGCCGCGGUGAUCGAAUGAGAGACGCGAGUGUGUGUUCUCGUCGACGACGGGGUGGUUCCGAUCAAACUGACGGACGAGUGAAGUGUGCCGUCGCUUCGAUAGGACCGGUGAAUGUUCGAUGACGAUCGACAGAAGACAAAGAAAUAUGUGCAGCCAAUGACGGUACAGUGAGGAUUUUCAUCGGCGCGUGUCUUGGCCCAAAAAUGUGCGUUUCUGUGUUGAAGUGUCCGUGAAAACGGUCCCGUGUGUACAUGUAUCUGUUGUUUGAAAGCAUCGUAUUUUGCCUCGCGACGGAGUACGCAAGAACGAUGUCAUAGUCAGGUGCGAGUUGAAGUUACGACGGACACAAUGGCACUGUUGUUCGCCAUCAUUGUCGUCUUGGUUACUACUGCCAUGUCGCUGCCGCCGGUUAUCAGAAUCGGAGCGAUCUUCACAGAAGAUCAAAAGGACAGUCCAUCUGAACUGGCAUUCAAAUACGCCAUCUAUAAAAUUAACAAAGACAAAACACUGUUGGCGAACACGACCUUAGUGUACGAUAUUCAAUACGUGCCUAAAGAUGACUCUUUCAGGACAUCGAAGAAAGCCUGCAAGCAACUAUCCAGAUCGGUCCAAGGAAUCUUCGGACCGUCCGACCCUCUUCUGGGUGCCCAUAUACAGAGCAUAUGCGAAGCUCUAGAUGUCCCGCAUCUAGAGGCUAGAGUCGACUUCGAACCGACGUUCAAGGAGUUUAGUAUAAACCUCUAUCCCUCGCAGGACCACUUGAACAAGGCUUUCAAGGACCUCAUGUCAUUUCUCAACUGGACCAGAGUUGCGAUUAUCUACGAGGAAGAUUAUGGAUUAUUCAAGCUACAGGAUCUCGUGAAAUCACCGCCUUCCACGAGGACAGAAAUGUACAUUCGCCAGGCAGGGCCUGGAUCCUACAGGCAGGUGCUUCGAGAAGUCAGACACAAGGAAAUUUACAAACUAAUCGUUGACACGGAUCCUGCGCACAUGCAACAAUUUUUUCGGGCGAUCCUCCAGCUACAGAUGAACGAUUACAGAUACCACUACAUGUUCACCACAUUCGACAUCGAAACAUUCGACCUCGAGGAUUUUAAGUACAAUAGCGUGAAUAUGACUGCGUUCCGUUUGGUGGACCUCGAGGAGCCAAAGGUGGCCGAAGUUCUCCGGCAGAUGGAACGCUUCCAGCCGAUUGGCCCCGCGAUCCUCAACAAAACCGGAGUUAUCCAGGCAGAACCAGCUUUGGUGUACGACAGCGUGCAGGUUUUCGCGCACGGUUUGGCAGAGUUGGAUCGCAGCCACGACCUGCGGCCCGCUAAUUUGUCCUGCGAGAAGGAGGAGCCAUGGGACGACGGUCUGUCUCUGUACAACUACAUUAACGCCGCAGGCUUACACGGCCUAACCGGACAUAUCGAAUUCAACGAAGGGAAACGGAACAACUUCAAGCUGGAUUUGCUGAAGCUGAAGAAAGAGGAGCUGGUAAAGGUGGGCGAAUGGAAGCCAGGAACCGGAGUUAACGUGACCGAUGUCGGUGCCUUUUACGAGACCACAGCGACCAAUAUUACGCUCGUGGUUAUGACGAGAGAGGAAAAACCGUACGUCAUGGUAAAGGAAGACAAGAAUCUGACGGGGAACGCGAGGUUCGAGGGGUUCUGCAUCGAUUUGCUCAAGUGGAUCGCCGGCCAGGUCGGCUUCCAAUACGCCAUAAGAUUGGUGCCUGAUCACAUGUACGGUGUCUACGACCCGGAAACGAAAGAAUGGAACGGCAUUGUCCGGGAGCUCAUGGAAAAGAGGGCGGACCUGGCCGUUGCUUCUAUGACGAUAAAUUACGCUCGGGAGAGCGUGAUAGACUUCACCAAGCCAUUCAUGAAUCUCGGUAUUGGAAUUCUGUUUAAGGUGCCAUCAAGUCAGCCAACGCGGCUGUUCUCCUUCAUGAACCCCCUGGCCGUCGAGAUCUGGCUGUACGUGCUGGCCGCGUACAUGCUGGUAAGCUUCACCCUGUUCGUUAUGGCCCGAUUCAGCCCGUACGAGUGGAACAAUCCACACCCAUGUCUGGCCGAGAGCGACGUCGUCGAAAACCAGUUUAGCGUCAGCAACAGUUUCUGGUUUAUCACCGGCACAUUCCUACGGCAAGGCAGCGGACUCAACCCAAAGGUCUCCGGGCGAAUGCCGUCGAGGCUGUUCUCAUUCAUGAAUCCCCUCGCUGUGGAGAUCUGGUUGUCCAUGUUGGGCGCUUACGUGAUGGUCUCCUUGACGAUUUGGAUAGUGGCGAGGUUCUCCCCAUACGAGUGGGUCGAGCCGAGGGCUUGCCCCAGCUGCAAAUGUCCCCUGCAGGGUGGUCACGUGAGCGCCUUGGAUCCCGACAGCGACGACAUUCCCCUGCUGAGAACCGUGAACGAGUUCACCCUGGCCAACAGCUUCUGGUUUAUGGUCGGCACUCUUAUGCAACAGGGCAGCGACCUCAACCCCAAGGCAACCAGCACAAGAAUAGUGGGCGGAAUCUGGUGGUUCUUCACGCUGAUCAUCAUCUCUUCUUAUACUGCGAACCUGGCCGCAUUCUUAACCGUCGAGAGAAUGAUCACGCCGAUCGAAAACGCGGCGGACCUCGCGGAGCAAACCGAGAUUUCUUAUGGCACUUUGGAGGGCGGCAGUACGAUGACAUUUUUCCGGGAUUCGAAGAUCGGCAUAUACCAGAAGAUGUGGAGGUUCAUGGAAUCGAAGUCACCCUCGGUGUUCGUGAAGAGCUACGAGGACGGGGUGAAGAGGGUGCUGGAAGGCGACUACGCCUUCUUGAUGGAAUCCACCAUGCUCGAUUAUGCGGUACAACGGGAUUGCAAUCUCACGCAAAUCGGUGGCCUGUUGGACAGCAAAGGCUACGGGAUUGCCACCCCCAAAGGUUCGCCCUGGAGGGAUAAAAUAUCUCUAGCGAUUCUGGAGCUACAGGAGAAAGGCGUGAUACAGAUUCUGUACGAUAAGUGGUGGAAGAAUACGGGCGACGUGUGCAACAGAGACGAAAAGAGCAAAGAGAGCAAAGCUAAUGCCCUCGGAGUCGAAAAUAUCGGUGGUGUCUUUGUUGUGCUGCUUUGCGGGCUGGCGCUAGCGAUCCUCGUGGCGAUCCUCGAGUUCUGCUGGAACUCCAAGAAGAACGUCCAAUCGGAGAGGUCCUUGUGCGCCGAGAUGGUCUCGGAAUUGCGGUUCGCCGUGCGGUGCGGCUCGAGGCAGAGGCCGGCCACGAAGGCGCGCAAUUCCGACGCCGCGGUGCCGUGCGGCCGUUGCAGCCCACGGGCCAGCAGGAGGAGAACGCGAUAUUGCUCAACCGGCCACGAAGAGACCACCUACAUACCGAGCAUCGAAAUGCCGCGGUUAAAUGCAGGAGGGUGGUGCGUUGUCGAUGACGGAGAUGAAGAAAUCAUUGAGCUUCGAUCAAGUGGGAGCGGCCCGUGGCGGGAACACCUAGCACAGGCCUCAUCCUCAUCUUCAUCCUCAGCAGCAGUCGCAGCAACAACAGCAGCAACAACAACCACCGCCACCGUGCAAAGCCACGCCCACGCACACACGUCACAUACACUGCCACUCACAUUCACACAGCCACAGUUACAGUCAUACGCACAAGCACCAACCACUCCCACCGAGACAGAGGCGGGACUCUUCAAGCAUCGUCUUGGGUCAAGGAGGUGACCACCCUGAGAGUAUUCUCUGGAGAUUCGACUGCGACCUGGCGGGUGAACCAGACGUGGUGAUAUCGCCGCCGCCGCCGCCGCCCCCGCCCUCGGCGGCCGUAUCGAGGACCACGACCCUCUGACCAAUACUCGAGGAGGUGCCGACAGGUGUGCCCGUCCAGAAGGAGCUGCCCACACAAGCCUCCGUGGUCGUCAACAUGGUCGACCAAAAGGAGACUUGCUUAUAGCAUAUGUAGUCGCCGAGGCGUGAGCGUGGACCGCAUAGACGCGGCCAGCCCGACGCCAUCGGCGACGGCGGAUCAUCGAUCGAAUCGUCGACGUGACGACGUCGAUCAACCGCGAUCCAUUAACCGAAGAACAACCGAGUAGACUAACUGCUGGAACAUGCACGGUCCGCUUGUACUUCCGGUCUCGCUAAAUGCAGAACGAACACCGUGCUUACCAGUGGAUUAACAAGAUCAUCAACGAGGAUAUCGCGAAACGAGGAAGGACUUGCAACGAAGAAGCCAACGUAGAGCCGAUUACAAUUGAAUCGAUCAUGGAACGUGCUGUUGCCUGAACGAUGACCACGCAGGAUCAAUUGAAACCGAAAAAGAGUAUCGGGUCAGAAACGAUUGAGUUCCAUCGACGCCGCACCGCGCCGGCUGGAACGACGUUACGUCAUUGGAUCGGAGGAAUCGUGUUUCAGCAUUUCUCGUGGAGCGACGGGUUUCGGUGCACGCGGAAUCGAAUGGAGCAUUCAAUUAAAUUUCCCGGACCAUCCGACCCGAACCGCGCCCUUGUGCGUCACGAGAUUGACACGCGGGCCCGCACUUCGAAGCUAAACAUAUCGACACAGAUUUAAAAUAGGGUUCCGCGGGUGCACGUUUCUCGUAGAUCAUCGAAGACAAUAACCAUCACGUGGAACGAGGAAACCCCGACGGUUCUGUUUCCUUGAAAUAGAGGAUCGUUGUAAUCAAGUAACCCGAGAGGAACAACCGAACAAAUCAAUUGUAGACCGAACAUCGACGAAGAUUAGAGGAGCAUGUGAUUGAACUCGGACCAAACUCAUAGUGAUCACUGCCAAGAGAGCCUAGCCUAAUAAUAGUAGAACGGUCUAACGCGACGCCCGUCGAGAGAGGAGCUUAAUAUUCAAUGAAAUUUACGGCCUAAGAUGAUCCCCCGCGUUCAUCCUCUAAAUGGUCAAUUCCGAUUCGUGGAGAGCGGCGAAUCUCUCGUGACGAAAUUCACCUUUAACCGCAAUGUUACCCCGGAGAGUAAUUUACAAAGACGGAGAGUGAGCGAGAGGAAGCGAUUUAAUCCGAGCGAAGGGAACAAAGUGCGCGAUCGAGUGCACUCCGCAAGUCGAUUAAGUCACGUGCAGCCGCGCCAAUUGCUCCGGAGGAAGAACGGUUUGUCCGUAACCUCAUCCAAAGGCCAACGAUCGAAAGAAAUGCCGCGGUUCCAUUAAAAGGACGACUCCGCUGGCGUCGUGUCGCCAGUGGGGCGACACAUGUACGCUAAGAGAAGGAUCGCGACGAUUCAAGAGAGAUUAAUCGAGCAACGCAUUCACGGUCUUGUACGUGCAAAGGUUAAAGGAGCGCAUCCGUCGCCGUGCCGAAUGAAACAUCGCGACGGCUUCUGGAGACAAGUAAACUGGAUCGUCUCGCCCGUUGAAAAAACUUCGAGACCCGUUGAAGCAACUUCGAGCGGUGCGGAUCGCUCAGCAUUCGAUCGGACAAAGUACAAAAUUUCGGGGACGUGACCUGAAGGUCUUCGAAGAAAUUCGCGCCACGUUCUUCGCUUCCGAGUCGUUUCCCGCGGGUAGUCGUACCGGAGGAGACGGACCACAGUUUUUUCAACCAUUUUAUACGGUAGACUCGGAACGAAGUAGCGGCGGCGAAGUCUGGUUAGGCGAAAUCGUCGCGCAUAUUAAAACGAAGAAUAUCAUCCCGAAUAUAAUGGAACACGCUGGGAGGACACUCCCGUUCGAACCAAACGUAGGCGGAAACACGAAGAUCCCGCGAUCCAGGUGCAUUCCGUCGAUCCCGGCGGCGACCCUUGUAUUAUAGCCACGGUUGCACAGUGCGACCGAAAGGGUUCGACGACUGGUGAAUAGACAGUGCGCCGAGGCGAUAUAGACACACGUGACGGACACGAGUACACGUUUUUAGUUGACACGUUAAUGCCGUAUAGUUAAGUGCGUAGCCGCGUAAGAGACCCUUGUCACAUUUUGACACGACCGACGGUUUAUUAUGAUUACUAUUAAGAACGAAUCCAUUGUACAGCGAGUGUUUUUCACGAAUUUUGAUUGUGGGUGUUGCGCACCGCGCGGCUACCGGUUUAAACGGCCGCCGUCGUAUAUAUGUAUUAUGUAUAUAUACACAUGUACCAUUGUACCUACACGUAAGAGAGCGCUGGGUUUGUUAACGAGAUUUGGCGUCGUUCGACGGAUCUACUGAAGCGCUUAUUAGCGAAUUUCCGGGGGAAGACGGAACUCGGACUCCCGCGCGUAAUUAGGGGUGCACGAAGAUGGAGGACGAGGAAGGAUCGUGCUGAAAACGAAUAAUCCACGCUGCCGUCAGAACUGACAAGCAGUCAGGACGCUUUUGAUGUUUUUGACGCGCGACGCCAACAGUAGGGCCGCGCCUCGUUUGAUAACCGCGUCAGGAAGCAAUCGAACCGGCACGAGACUUCUUGGCAACGGAAGAUGGACUUUCUUCGCGGCUCGCGCGAGAAGACGGUAAUGAGGAUAGAAUGACGAAUAAGAUUACCGUUCUAUGCGAGCUAGACGAAGUUUCAUUUGACACGCGCAAGUCUCUCGUUAACACGUUGACUGCCAUGUCGCGGGAAUUCGAUUGGCAUGCGUUUACAGUUUCCAGUAGACUGCGUCACUGUUCACCGGCGGCGGAUGUAUUAAUUGAGUAAAUAGGUGUUUGGAAAAAUAGACUAAUAAAAUGGUGUGAGAAUAGUAUAAUUAUAUGUUACAAAAAUUACAAUUAUAUAUUAUUAUUAUUAUUGUAAUAUUAUUAUUAUAUAUAUGUAUAUAUUACUAGUCAGUUUGACUUUGCAAUAAUUGCGAAACGUGACAUUCGACGUCGAGGUUGUUUGGGGCAGGUUCCUGUUAUUGAAAAAUUCAAUCACCUCGUACGUUUUCACGGAAUAUUAAAUUUUUGCUAAUUUUCAUCUUCAUAAAGGAGGAUUUAAAUUGGUAGUGAAAAUAGUAAAAAUUAGCCAGAAACUGACCUAAAUUUUAGCCACUCAAUGGGGAGUCUAAUUAAAACAUAUUACUUUGCUUUCAAGUAUUAUAUUUGCGGAUUUUCGGCUCACAGAACUUUUCAAGAAUUUCUUGUGGCAGUCAGCGUGUCGAGAGUAAUUCGUUAUGCCGAUGUUAAUCCGAGUGCCCGGAGAAUAAUUUAUUUCAUUGUCCGAGACGAGCUUCUCGUAUCUGCGAAACUGGCGUAGGGUACAUUCAUCAGGGAAAAUUGACAGGGAAUCUGUAGAUAAUAGAGACCUCGCCUAAUUCCCGCUUGAUGAUCGGUAAUCCCAUGACGAAUGAAUUAUUGAUCCCUUUAGACUGAUUGACAGAUUUUCUUGUAUCAAAGUCGAGACGGGUCGGAUUACUUUAUCGAGUCACGAUUCAUUUUUCACCGGCAAUAGUAUCCUUCUUCAUUUCUCCCGGAUACGUAAUUAUAGAUUACCCAGUAUACGAGCCGGUAACGCGUCUACGUCAUCGACGAACACACGAUACGUCUCGAUAGUUGGCUCUAAAUCAUUUCUCAGCUGCAUGCUUCCCCGUAAUGCACAGUAUAAGCGGUAAGUUUAGCGGAAUGCGUUUAAGCGAGGUGCUGGUCAAGUGCGUUCAAAAGUUCAUGACUACUUGUCACGUCAUGCCACUGGUGUGCCACUAUUCAAUAAAUAAAUUUUAUUUACUUAAUCGACCUAGACAAUUUCUACACUUGCGGUAGCAGUCGGAAACAUGUUGACUUCCUUUUGCGAUUGGAGAGCGGAUGAUUAAAAGCCGAGGAAGCCGUGUAGGAGAAUAGAAUUAAUCAAACGAUGACGAGUCCUCAGCUUCCGGUCAUUAGCUUUCCGAUUGAAUGAUUGUGAUACGCAGUGAAUCGUCAACUUGAACAUAUCUCUCCGAAAAUAACAAACAAUUAAAUGUUGUUACACGCAUGUUUUAUUCAAUACCUUUCAGACAUUCUUUUUAUUCUCGUUCGAGAUCCAUUCAUGCAGUUGCAUUAAACUACGAGAGGGAUAUUCAGAAAGUUAGUUGUAUUCAUAUUAAAAGUUUUGACCAUAGAAUAUUUGAGGUUGUCCUCUUAUUCGUUUGAAAAUACAUUGGGAGAACUAUUUUUCUAAAUAGCACCAGUUUUGAUUUCAUCCUUGAAAAAUUGUCAUUAAACUCUACUAACCACUCUGUACUUUUG